AUGGCUGGCCCCGCAAAAGCGCGUGCGCAGGCGGAGAAGAAGCCGUCCGCUUCAUCGGAUUCACAGCCAUCGGGCGAAACAGGGCAGCGCACCACACAGCGCUCAAUACCGCGCCUUGAUGGGAAUCGAGACCGCCUUCCGGGGCUACACGCUGUUGAUUACACAAAACACACCGACCUCAAGAACCUGUCUGAGUUUCUGGGUGCCGGGGGUUGGUACACCGCUCGAGGAUUUGAGAUCCCAGAUUCUCUUCCUCAGCGUCCCAAGGAGCUGAACAAGUAUGGUCGCGAGACUGCUGUCGCCCUCAACACGUACAAUGUCAUCGGCGCUCCAACGAGGAUUGUUCAUCAGUACGAUAUAUCUUGGAGCAAAUCCGUCGAUCCCACCAAGCGGGGUCUCAUCAAGAAACUAUGGAAUUCGAAAGCCGUCAAGUCUCAGCUCGGUGAGCCCCAGAACCUCUGGAUUUACGAUGGGAACAAGCUUGCCUGGUGCAGCAAGUUGCUUGACCGUGAGGAGACCCGCAUCACUGUCGACCUCGAUCAGGAACAAGGACGAAGCCCUAAGCCUGACAAGUCUAAUGUGCAUACCAUCUACAUCAAGCAUACCCGCAAGGUCGAUUUCGCAGCCCUCCAAGCCUUCCUAGAUGGGCGCGCUUCCUGGUCCACUGAAUGCAUCGACACGAUCAACUUCCUGGACCAUGUCCUGCGUGAGCGCCCUUCUCAGAUCUAUACACAGAUCAAGAAGUCGUUCUUCCAGAAGGGUGAACAGCGCUUUGAUCUAGGUGGUGGCGUUGAGGCUUUCAAGGGUGUCUUCGCCUCUUUGCGCCCUGUCCUCACGGGUGACCUAAAGAAGAUUCUGUCAAUCAACGUCGACGUGGCCAACGGCACGUUCUGGCGUCCUCAGGAACUCCUCCGCGCGGCUUGCCAGGUCUUCCGCUGUAGUUCUGCUCCCCAGUUCAUCCAGAUUGUCAAGGACGCAAGGCGCGAUUGGAAAAACUCCUAUGUGCGUAGGGAUCUGGCACGCUUCAAUCGGGUUGGUGUGAGCGACUUCCACCGCAAGGACACCCGCAACCAGUGGACUAUCGCCGAGAUCUGCCAGAAGGAUGCGCACGAAGCCACGUUCAUUGAUCCUGACGACCCAGAGAAGAAGAGGGAGAUUUCCGUCUACAACUACUACAAGAAAAAGUAUGGGAUUACUCUGACAUCUGGAAUUCCUGUGGUAAAGGUAACCAAGAAGAUUCGCAAGAAUGACGUCUUCUUGCCAAUGGAGUAUCUGAAGAUCGACGAAAACCAGCGCUACAACACGAAACUGAGUGACACCCAGACGUCCGCCAUGAUCAAGUUUGCCGUAACGCUUCCCCGGGACCGAAUGAAAGCAAUUGAGUAUGGUGUUAGGCUUCUGAACUGGGCCCAGGAUCCGUACCUCCUUCACUAUGGCUUAAAGGUUAGCCCAACUCAGUCAAAGGUCAAUGCCCGCGUCUUGCCAUCUCCUGCUGUUGGAUUUGGUCCCAUCUCCAAGCCUUCUACAGUCGAAGCCCGCGAUCUUGUAGCGGGACGCUGGCGCCUUGAUGGUAGGAAAUUUAUUGGCCCUAAUACGCGGGAGAUUGGUGCCUGGGGAGUCUGUGUCAUCCAGGGCAAAUUUGGUGCGAGCAAAGAGCAGACUCAGGCGUUCGUCAACAAUUUCAUCAGGAUCUACGAGGGCCAUGGAGGCCGGUUCAACACCUCUAAUGCCGCCCCAGGCCGCCAGCCCAAGCAGCCGUUCAUCUCUCCUGGCAAUUUGGCGGACGGUGGUGAACUGGUUGCUAAGGCAUUCAAUUCGACUGGCAACUACUUCAACAGCCGGCCUAUGCUCAUGGUCUUCAUUGUCAACGACCGCAAUGCUGAGGUUUAUCGACGCAUCAAAAAGUCCUGCGAUUGCCGCUUCGGCGUUCCCUCUCAGAUUUUGCAAUCUAAGCACGUCAUCAGCAAUUCACCGCAGUACAUCUCCAACGUUUGCAUGAAGGUCAACGCCAAACUUGGUGGCUGUACAGCUAUUGCUAAAUCAGUCACUAUCCCAAAGAUUGCUCCUCAAUCUGUUGGAAAGCCCACCAUGGUUAUAGGGGCUGACGUUUCUCAUCCUGCUCCCGGCGCUGGCUCUAAUGAGAAGGCCUCAUUUGCCGCAAUCACGGUUUCUGCCGACACUACCUAUACUAGGUACUGGGCCCAGUGUCAGACUAAUGGCAGUCGCGUUGAGAUGGUGACUACGCAGAACAUCAAGGAUCACCUUGGCGAUAUGGCCAAGAUGUGGAUGCAGCGCGUUGGACAAGGCCGCCCUCCUCAGCGCGUUCUGUACAUCCGUGACGGAGUCUCUGAAGGUCAAUAUGCAGCUGUCCUUGAGGAGGAGGUUCGCGAUAUGAAGAACGUCUUCGCCGCAAUAGGCGUCCAGGUCCCGCAGUUCACCGUGGUGAUUGCUGGAAAACGGCACCAUAUUCGCUUCUUCCCGCAGCAGGGUGACAGGAACGGCAAUCCUCUCCCAGGAACUCUCGUGGAAACUGGCUGCACUCACCCGUUUGAGUUCGACUUCUACCUUUGCGCUCACGUGGCAAUCAAAGGCACCGCUCGUCCUAUUCACUAUCAGUGCAUCCUAAACGAGGGCAAAUGGGAGGCCGCUGAACUCCAGCAAUUCCUCUUCGAGCAUUCAUACCAUUACGUUCGGUCUACUACACCAGUUUCACUCCAUCCUGCAGUCUACUACGCCCAUCUGGCCGCGGAUCGGUCUCGCGCUCAUCAAAAUGAAUCUCCGGUUUCUUCUGGCAAGAAGGAGGCCAAGCCUCCUCAAACUAGCAGUGGAAGCGGCAAGUCAGUGGAGGUUAGGCCUCUUCUUGAGUUGAACAAGCAGCAAGGUCUGAAGGAAGUCAUGUGGUUCGUCUAGAGCCUCAGCGCCCACACUGCGAUAUCUCCUCCUUCUCCUCCUGCUCACAAGCAAUGGAAUUGGCAUGGGAGCACCUACAUCACUGACAGUGGCAUCCCCGGCUCUCUUCCAACUUCGAAUUGGUUUCGUUUGUCAUGGCGGCUUUUCUUUUCUUUUCAUGGGAUCAUUGAG